AUGUCCCUCUUUGAGCCGCAUGCAGACGAUCAACUUGAAUUCUCAUUCAUCUUGAAUUCGAGCCUAGAUAUAUUUGACAUGCGGCAACAGCAUACCUCCGUGGAUCAAGACCUUGGCCUGCUCCACGCUUUGGAUGAAAGACUCUCCGUCUACGGAUGGUUGACCAACACAGGGGUCAAGUUUGCGAUUGUCGUGGACCUUGAAGGGAGAACCUCAGCACCUUCCGCAGAGCAUGAGCGGUCUUUGCCUGUUGUCGGGCUGCGGGAUUCUGAUCUGAAGCCAGCAUUCCGAGCUUUACAAACUGCAUAUGUAAAACUACUGCAGAAUCCUUUUUACAACCCGGAUGAUAAUAUGCUCGGGAAGGAAAACCAGACACAGCCAAAGCCCAAGGGGAUCGCCAGCCGUCAGUUCGUUGAAGAGGUCAACCGGAUUGGCAAGACAUGGGCCCCAGGCAUGACAGGUCAUUAA